CAAACCCACAAACCACGAGAUCAUGACCUGAGCUGAAAUCAAGAGUUGGAUGCUUAACCGACUGAGCCACCCAGGCACCCUUGCCAUCACUCUUUAGAUUAAAACCCAAGCUACUGAUGAGGAAAUGGAAGGCCCUCGCCUCUCUCUCCAACCUUCUCUCAUUUACUCACCACACUGCUAUCACCGUGACCUUUUUCUGUUCCUCCAGCUUGCCUGCCCAUCCCCCACCUCCGGGCCCCUGAGCUGAUGAUAAGGCUCUUUGCCCACAUUCCUCACAUGGCUGUUUGAUUCUCAUCUUUCGUGUCUUGGCUCAAAUGUCAUCUCAGAGUGAAUUUCACCUCCACUAAAGAAAACAAAAAGGCAUCUAGAAAGGCCUUCUUUGAAAAGCCUAUCUAUAGUGGCUUCCCCCACUCCCCCAUAAACCUUUCUAUCCAACUUAUUCAUUUUCUUUAUAGCACUUAUCAUAAUCUCUAAUUAUCCUGUUUGGUUUUUUUUUCUUUAUCCAACCCGAAUACGAGCUCCAUGUUGACACUACCCCUGAGUGCCUUGUUCACGGCCCCCGGUACCUGGUUGGUGCAAGCAUGAAUUAAUACAAUGAAAAUCAUCCUACCAGCCUUGCAAGGCUCCUGAGAGCAAUGAAUUAAAUGAUACAGAUAAACUAUUACCUGUAAGCUUUCAAGAAACGCACUGAUUACUGUGAAGAUUUGUUCAUUCACUCUUAAUAAAUGUUUGGAACAACUAAAUAUUUGGUGCCACAGAUACAACGGUCAAAAGGCAGACACAAUGCUUGCCAUGACAGACCUCACAGUGUGGCGUGGGAGGCAGACACGGAGCAGAUGAUUCAAUACAACGGAAGUCUCGGGGGCCAGGAUAGGGAACACACAGCCGUUACGGCGACACCCAACCUAGACUCGAGUUCAGUGAGAGCUUGUCAGAGGCAGUGACAUCUGAAAUACGAUCUGGAGACUUUCUGGCAGUGCUGACCUGCCCAAGAGAACAUGCCUCUCGCGAAGAACCUCCUGCCCCCGUCCCCGGAAGAGGAGGAGAGGAAGCCCAAGAAGAAGCGCCUGGUGCAGAGCCCCAACUCCUACUUCGCGGGCGUGAAGUGCCCAGGAUGCUACAAAAUCACGACCACGUUCAGCCACGUGCAGACCGUGGUGCUGUCUGGGGGCUGCUCCACCGUCCUGUGCCAGCCGACAGAAGGACAAGCAAGGCUCACGGAAGGAUGCUCUUUCAGAUGGAAGCAGCACUAAAAGCCCCGAGUCAACAUGAGUGGGGAACUAUCCCAACAAACAGAUUUAGGAU